CUGCGCACCAUGCACAUCACCCAGCUCAACCGUGAGUGCCUGCUGCACCUCUUCUCCUUCCUGGACAAGGACAGCAGGAAGAACCUUGCCAGGACCUGUACCCAGCUCCAGGAUGUGUUUGAGGACCCCAUGCUCUGGCCCCUGCUGUACUUCCGCUCCCUCACUGAACUCAGGAAGGACAACUUCCUCCUGAGCCCUGCACUCAGGAGCCUCUCCAUCUGUUGGCACUCCAGCCGCGUGCAGGUGUGCAGCAUUGAGGACUGGCUCAAGAGCGCCUUCCAGAGGAGCAUCUGCAGCCGGCAUGAGAGCCUGGUCAACGACUUCCUCCUCCAGGUGUGUGACAGGUGCCCUAACCUGGAGUCCGUCACGCUGUCUGGGUGUGGCCACGUCACCGAUGACUGCCUGGCUAGACUACUACGGUGCUGUCCGCGCCUGCGCACGCUGCGCCUGGAGAACUGCGCACGCGUCACCAACCGCACGCUGGUGGCCGCAGCAGCGCAUGGGCGCGCGCUGCAAACACUGCACGUAGACUUCUGCCGCAACGUGAGCGCGGCCGGCCUGCGCCGCCUGCGCGCCGCGUGCCCCCACCUGGCUCUACACGCCGAGCACAGUGCAACCAUGAUCCCGGACCAGCCACCGCGCUGCCUGCUGGCGCCGGGCCCCGCCCUUCGCAAGCUGCUCCCGCGCUAGGCCGCUGGGUCGAGGAAGGGCACUGGCUACGGCCUGGGUCCAAAGGAGUAACCGCAGCUCCUCCGCCUCCCAGACUGUCGCCACAUCUUCUGAGCCUCAGUUUUCCUGUUUGCAAAAUGGGGAUACGAAUGUCUACCUCACACUACGAUUUUAUAUCCAGGAUGAAUGCGAA